AGGUAUCUCCAAUUCCUCUUGCAGCCCUUCUUCAAUCUGCACCAUCUUUUACCAUUCUGCCAUACUUUGGCUGCUAACCGUUCCGUUGCUUGAUUUGAGAUUUGCAACCACCACCGUUACCCGAUUCAACCGACUCACGGCCGUGCCCUUCCGUCAACUCUCUCUGGCGCAGUCCGUCCUUCGACGCACUGCCUUCUAGCCUCGCGCCUCGCUCCUGAACCUACAAAACGUUAGCUAUCUACCCACGCCUCACUUCGCCUCUUUUGCUGUCAUGGCAAGCAAGAAUUCGGCGGCGACCGUCAAGGUUUCUGGCUCGGCUGCCAAUUACACGCCUGCCACCUUGGAUCCCGAGUUGCGAUCGGCCAUUAAUUCGGUCUUGAUCGAAGAGGGCCAUGUCGGCAAGAUCCAAGACCAUCUUCUACACUCGCUGCAUGCCCACUCGUCCAACUGGCCCACGACGGUCCAGAAUCACGCCCUGGCUCUCCUCCGCUCCGGCGAAAUCAGCACCUUCCCCGCCCUUCUACGACGAGUCUUGGAAGAUGUGCGCCACGAGACAGCCAAUGCUCCCUCCGGCGACGCCAACGGAGGCGAUGUGAACGGAAAGAAGCUAUCCAACGGCGCCGACACUACCAACGCCUCCAACGGCAACGUGCCCGCGGCGACAACGACAGCACCGAGCCUAGCGGUUCCGCAGGCCGUUAUCAAUGACGCGCUCAAAGUCACGCGCGAAAGCCUGGAGAUGGGGUCUGGCGCCGGCGCCAAAAGUAAGCAGCCAGUAGGGCUGAGAAAUGAUGGAAGCAAUAAGCGGAGAAAGCUGUCGUCAAGAGACGAUCGAGUCUACUGUCAAGUUGACAGUUUUCCCAGUCAUGUGGAGGAUGGACACAGUCAAGGUCUUAACGGCGGGGAGGAGAAGGAGGAGCAAAGAGAUGGUCGCAACCAAGACGUUGCCUCAGGUUCGACAAUAGCAACUGCGGCCGCAGAAGAUGAUCCGUCAAUAUCCGAUGACGACCAACGAGAAAUUGUCAGAAGGCAUCACCCAAGGGUAACCAACGCCCUGCCGGAUGCUCUUCGGAGAGCCGGCUUGUUGACCCAGAGGUUUCAUGAUAGUCGGCCUCAGGACCAGGUGCAACACGAAAGCCAACUCCAACAUCCACAACAAAUUCAACAACAUCAAACCACACGUCAUCCUCUGCCUGGAUCUCCCGCCCGAACAUAUCUUCAAUCACAGCCACACUUUGAGCCCCAGCAUGGCGCAUCACAUGUCGGAGUGGGCAAUGCGCAGGAAGCACCUCAAAGUCAAGACACCGUAGGGACAGCUGCCCAAGCAGACUCCUCAGAGCAACCGAGCUAGAUGGGCAUGGAUAACUACUUGGGCCACAGAGCAAUCAUUCAGUAUGGUCAAUAUGGCAUGUACAUAGCUGGAAAUUGUUUUGACCAGUUGCACCGAGGAAGAAGCCGGUGAAUUUGUAGCCUUGGUACACAUAUAUGCCAAAAACAUGUAUGAAUCUGAACAAAUUGUUGGGA